UCGAGACGAGUUCAGUUCGAGUCGGCAGCGAGAGUGAACGCGUUUCUCGGUUUUAUCUUCCGUUCUUCUGUUCCCAUUCGCACUGUAGACUAUUCAGUAAUAAUAGUAUUUUUGAAAUAGUAUACUCUUCCAAACUAUACACACUCUUCGGGGAUUAUUAGUAGCAAGGUCGAGUUUAAAAACGAGUGAGUGCGAUUUCCUGCGAAGAAGAAAGAGCGAGACGGAAGCGAAUAAAAAGGGUUCUUGUUGAAAAACUGCUCUCGGUUCGGGUGUUUUGUGUUGUUUAGUUCAUUCAACGAUUGCUUAGGUUCGUUCCGUAGUGUUGUUUUUUUUUCCAUUGUGCAAUUUUGUGUUUUUGUUUUUGCCGUCGCGGGAAAGAAACAAUCGACCUUGGGAGCUGAUUUCAUGAAGAGAGAAAGGAACAAGAAGCGAUAGUCAAAAGUGAAUGCAGUCACUGGUGUUGAUUAAAUUUUCAUACAGGACAUGACAAAAAACAGAAAGUUUUGGUGCUAGAUUUGUUCUAUUUGAAUUACUGCUUGACUGAAAAUCCGAAGAUUUUUCAUUGACUGUGGCAAAUUUCGGCGAUUGUCAGUGACGAAUGCAGUCUGAUUCGUGGGUUUUAAGCAAUGUAAAAGUGCAGAUUUUUCACUCAUUUUUUGUUCGCCUCGAUUCGAUUUCGAUUCCUUUACACCGCGCACCAAUACAGUGACAUCGAGGAAGGCGAGGUGAAACGAAUGUUAUAACAACAACAACAAUGGGAAGGUGUUUGUGGAAUAAGAAAUAAGCAAAAAAGAGAGACCAUCCUGCUUGGAGGUCGUGGCUGGCGAAAGAAAGGUCCAACAAAGCAACCAAGAAUCAAGCAACGAGGAGUGAGUGGCCCCCAAAACAGCCUUCUUUGAUCCAAUGUUGUGCAAAUCGCGUGAACGUGUGAAAGGAAGCUGAUUGGAAGAAAGAAGAGAGUGCCGAGAGUCAUAGCAGCAUAAUCGGCGAUCGUGUUGUUUUAUUUAUUUUUUUUCUGCGCUUUCUGUGCACACACACUCCCUUUCUAACUCUCCUGAUGAUGGCGAUGAUGGUUCUUACCUGUAUCGAGAUGCAGCAGUGAGUGUUUUCCGAUGCAGUAGUGGUAGUAGACGAGAAGCAACAGCACAGUCGACCAGUGUCAAUAAACUCUGGUGCGCUCGUCGUCUUCAUCGUCGUCGUCGUCGUCGUAGUCACUGCUGAAUGCGAGAGGAAAGGCAGGCAAAAAUCACAAAACUCUUUGGAUAAAAGUUGAAACCCUUGGGACCAAGAAAAUGAAAACAGUCCUGUUCUAAUAUGCAUUUAUUUUGUACCGAAAUGAUUUCUGCUUCCAUAUUAUUGUCGUAGCAUCGCAUGUCGUGUUGUGUAUGUGUGAAGAAUAAUUAUCGAAGCAGCUAGCAGAAUGACAUCAACGGAGUCGCGAGGAAACGUCUCGGUAACGACGAUCAACUGUGAGAAUGAUCCGAACUUCAAUCCGACCAGCAACGUGAGCAGCAUGAUUCCGGCACCAUCGGGAACCAGUUCCGGGAGCAGCAGCAGCAGCAACACUCCGAAUGCCAGCACCAACAGUAGCGGUACGAUUUUCGGAAACGUUGGUAUCAGAAUAACCGUGCCAAAAAUGGAAGAAUCCGACGAGUCUGAUACAGAACUAUCGAACAUUGAAAAGACGGCCAAGGUCAACAUGAGGGAGGAUAGUCGCGCUAGCAAGGGAUUGCCACGGCCUAUGUCCUGGGAGGGCGAGCUGUCCGAACCGGAAGCGAUGAUGAUCGACAACGAAAACAGUUCCAGUGGCCCCAGUGGGCCAGGGACGGUAGCCAAAACGGAGCCACUCGUAGUGGCCAAGGAAGAACCGACGGGGCCUGGCAUAACGGAACCGCUGGCUCUGACCGCCAAUCACAGUAGCAGUAGCUCUCCGCUUCCGAACCGAGUAAUCAAACCGGAAGUGGGCAUUCCGUUAAUCAAUCACAACGUGGCUUCCAGCUACGCCAAUUCCAUUCCAACUAGCAGUAGUAGUAUUAACGCUAAGAAACUCCCCGAUGUCAUAAACCUCAAGUACGAACACGGGCUGGCCGAGAAUCUUCCAGCAGUACAUUCACCCCUCCUGGUACGCUCAAAAACGACCCUUCUUCCGGCCAACCCCAGUCCGGAUUCUGCCAUCCACUCCGUCUACACCCACAGUUCUCCGAGUCAAUCCCCGCUCACCUCCCGACAUGCUCCCUACACCCCAUCCCUGAGUCGCAACAACAGCGACGCAUCGCACAGUAGCUGCUACUCGUACAGUUCCGAGUUCAGUCCGACGCAUUCCCCCAUCCAGGGACGGCACAACAUGUUCGCCAGUGGGUCCUACAACGGUUCCCCGCUACAUCACUCAGUAUUAUACAAACCGAUGAUCGACAACGAACAGGCACUGAAACUUGCCAGCCAAGAUGAGCCGGUCUUUGAUAGCGAACAUUUGCCGUCCCCGGGGAUCUCCCGGCAGCAACUGAUCAAUAGCCCAUGUCCCAUCUGUGGGGACAAGAUCUCCGGAUUUCACUACGGAAUCUUCUCCUGCGAGUCGUGCAAGGGGUUCUUCAAGCGGACCGUGCAGAACAGGAAGAACUACGUGUGCCUUAGGGGAGCCGCCUGCCCGGUGACGAUCGCCACGAGGAAAAAGUGUCCCGCGUGCCGGUUCGAGAAGUGCCUUCAGAAGGGGAUGAAGCUGGAAGCCAUUCGCGAGGAUCGCACCCGUGGCGGCCGGUCGACGUACCAGUGUUCGUACACGCUUCCGGGAACAAUACUCAGUCCCUCGCUGGCGGGCAGUGAUGGCAGCAGCAACUUUCCGUACUCCAAUCCCUCCGCCAAUCGGGGUGGUCCAUUUUCUUCCGGCGGUGCCGUAAAUCUAGCCGGCCAGCAGCUUAAGAUCGAAUCUGGCCAGCAGGACUUCCACAGCAAUUCCAACGGCAAUGGUGGCGGUAUGUCGGCGGGCGGCGGUGGCUUCACUGGUGGCGGCAACCACAUGCGACCGGGCAUUCCACAGCUAUUGCAGGUGGGUAUUCUAAGUGAUUUUCAUAGAAAUUCCAAGCUUGCAUGGAUGGAACUUCUGCAGGAAAUCAUGGACGUCGAACAUCUGUGGCAGUACAAUGCGGCUGAGCUGGCGCGGUUGAAUCAACCGGCGCCCCCGGUGAGCAGUGCAGCCAUCGCAGCCAAUCCGCUGCUCUCCAGUGCGGGCAUUUCGAGCGAAAGCAGUCCGGAUUUGAUAGCGAAUUUGUGCAACAUCGCGGAUCACAGGCUGUACAAGAUCGUCAAGUGGUGCAAAAGUUUGCCCCUCUUCAAGAACAUCUCGAUUGACGAUCAAAUCUGCCUGCUGAUAAACUCGUGGUGUGAGCUGUUGCUUUUUUCGUGCUGCUUCCGGUCCAUGGCGACUCCCGGUGAGAUCAAGAUCUCCCUCGGGAAGUCCAUCACGUUGGAACAGGCCAAACACAGUGGGUUGCAGACCUGUAUUGAACGAAUGCUCAACCUCACCGAUCACCUUCGAAGGCUUCGGGUCGAUCGUUACGAGUACGUGGCCAUGAAGGUGAUCGUCCUGCUGUCGUCGGACACGUCGGAACUGAAGGAAUCGGAAAAGGUUCGUGCCAGUCAGGAGAAGGCCCUCCAAGCCCUUCAAGCGUACACGUUAGCGCACUAUCCGGAAACGCCGGCCAAGUUCGGUGAACUACUGCUACGGAUUCCGGAACUACAGCGGACCUGUCAGCUUUCGUUCCAGGUUGGCAAGGAGAUGCUAACAAUCAAACCGAAGGAUGGCGAAGAACCGUCCUUCAACCUGCUGAUGGAACUACUCCGAGGGGAGCAUUGAGCGAAUAUUUCGCUCGAGCGAAAGACAAACAACUGAUCGUGCCUCAUAAGUUCUAGUGUUUUUAGACGAAAAGAAACAGUGCCCCAAUAAGUAGCCGCGCUUUCGACGUCGCGGGCUAGAAAAUGGGAUUGAUCAAAGUAGGCGCGGGAACGCCUUAGGUCAUCAUUCUAUCACAAACACUCACGCAUUCACAGCUCUCUCUCUCUCUGUCUUUCUUUCCCCCGUUUCCCAUCCAUCUGUCUUUGCAAGCGAGUGCGGCAAACAUCGAAGCAUGCGAACGCGAGCCUGCUUCAAUUUUUUGUUUCUAGCCAAACUAAACAAAAGUGAACCGAAAUCAAAACUCUUUUUAGACAUUGUGAUUUUAAUUCCUAAUCUGAUAAGUAGAGCGAGUUUAUUUUAUUCUUUUUUACGUAGUUUUAGCCAGAUAUUUAAAAGAUUUUUAUUUUUCCUGCCUACGAUUUUUAUAUUUGUCUGUUGCAAGAAGAUUUUUUUUUAUUUAAACUACUCAUAUGUAAUAUUUUUUUAACGGAAAUCAUUCAUAAUCGUUCAAAACGUUUCCCAGCAGAGUUAAGUUUCGUUUGUACACUGACUCGCAAUCCCUUUGAAAAAGAUUUGUAAUGCUAUACACAUACCCAUUAAGUUUCCUUAUAGAAUUUUAAGCAAGAGCUCAUAGAUAAGUUGAAAUUUCCCUUAAGCAGAGAUAAGAUUAGUAGACAGUAGACAUGAGUAGUUUUUUUUUUUCAUUUUUACACCACUAGACACAAAACGAAUGGCAUUGUAUUGUUGAUUGAUACAAGUUUCUUGUUAAGUUACGCUUUUUUAGGAAGAUUCGAGAAGUGUUUAAGUUUUCCCGAUCGCCGUGUGCGUGAUUCGCCUUCGAGGAUGGGCGGAGCAUGGAUAAUACGCUUUAUUUCAAAUACAAUAAAAGCGUUCAAAGCUGAGAUAAACAUUGUUCAUAAGUUGUAGCAGUUAAGAAAUCGUGUCAUCGAAAGAUCUUCAACUUUAACGUUAAGAUAGGCACAAUUCCAUCUCACACUUGGAAAACAUAUUUCCCCCCUCAUCACAAAUCAAAACAAAUAAUGGUUUCCAACUUUUUCUCACUGCAUAGUGAAAAUAAAACUAAGACACACAUACACACACAGACACACUCCAUCGCAGCAACCCGUUCUGAUCGAUAUAACGCGAUUAUAUCGCUAUCGGAGACUAGUUGCCAUGGUUACGUAGGAAAUCAUCAGCAAACACUACACGGAAAGAAUUUUUUCUAGCUACAUUCAUUUCGAAGAAAAAAUGAGGAAAAAGUGUGCCUUUUUCUGAUAACAACAAGAAGGAAAAAUAACAAUUUUUGCGAUAGCGUAAGAUUAUUUUAUAUACCGGAGCAUAGUAAACUGAAAGCAGAAAAACCGAAUAAAGUAGUAACAACUAGUAAGCGUAAAUGACUGAACUUUUUAGUCUAGUGUUAGUUAAUGAGUAUAUACUGCGAGCAAAACUCUCAAAACGAAACGACCACCUUUUAGACGAAAUGCACAGAACAGCGGUGGUGGUCGUUCAUCUCGGGGAGAACUUUUUUGAAACGUGUUUUUUGAGAUCCGAAUUGAAGUUUAACGUAAAUCUUUGAUAGUUGCAAUAUACAACAACCAAACACCGAGAAUCAACGGAUCACCCUUUAAAACAAUUAGCUUAAAGUGAAGGAGGUCGCAAAAAUGAGAGUAGAACAAAAAUUGUUUAUAUUGUAUGUGGAGUGCAAUACUGUUUUAUUUUCUAAAUGUGUAACUUCCAAACUGAAAAAAAACGUAAACAAUUUUUGGAGGGCAUUUCCAGCUUUUUUUUUAUAAACUAUGAAGCACACAAGCAACAAGUGUGUAAACCAAUUAAGAUUUCUGUGAGAGCGAGACGUGCUUUCAUUUCUUAACGUUUUUAGGAAGGAAUAUCCAGUCCUUUUUUUUCAGUGUAAAUAUUGUUUAGAAACUAAAAAUCUUUCAAGAACGAAGAAAAUGUUUUCCAAGAAAAUAUGGAAAUUUGUGAUGAUUUAAGUGUAAACCUAAGUACUAGCGUAAACAAAAUGCAACCGUUACGAGGAAGAAAAAGAAAAACAAAACAUCUAGCAAAAUAUACAGCUACUUAAAAUGAAAUCGGAAGCAUGGAGCAGCGCAAAACGAUAAAGAAGAAGGUAAAACAAAAAUCUAAAAUGGAAAAUUGCAGUAUUUUUAGGAACGUACUUUUUUCUACUCGAACCCUGUUGAAAAAUCCGUAACUGUUUUUUUAUAACUAUUAUGAUAAAUGUUUUUUUUUUGCGUUGCCAAAACGUGUUUUUAAAAACUGAAAUCAUCAAAAUCGUGAAACAAUACUUCAAUAGCGAUACUUUUUAUCCUUAUACAAACGGCAGACACACACACACAUACACACACACUCACACUCACAAACAAACACAUUAUAUUAUUGUACUUAAACGAAUUUUUAGAAUUAUUAUUUUGUGUUUCGGAACCGCCGCGAAGAAAUCCCCUCCCAAUUUAAGCAACAUUCUCUCUGUGUCUAUUCGUGUGGGUGACUCGGGUCGAUUAGUAACUAAUUGGCCCCGGUCGCCGUUUCAGAAUGGGAGCAAAAUUGAAUAUUUUUAAAAUAAAUAUCAGUUUAUAACGUA